GCGUGGCGCUCGCAUGGAUUGGGGUAGGAUUUCGUACAUAAGCAGGCUCUCGAAGAAUUACCCGGGGCGCAGCCACCAAGCGGGGGAGUAUAAUAUCAGCAGAAACCCGAGAUAUCCGGCCAAAUAAGAUGUUUACUCACCUACAAUAGAGUGGAUUUCCAGUUCAGUUAAAUUGCGUUAUCAGGCUCCUGUGAGUUGAGACUUCGCAGAGCGCUUCCUAAACAGGUCGGGGCAUUGGUAGUGUUGCAAGAACGCCACUAAAUUAGGUAGUACCAAGUUCAAAAUGGUGGAUGCAGUUCAACCGGCUAUUCGCCUAGAUGUGGUUAUCAUAGGCGCGGGGAUAAGUGGUUUGGCAGUUGCAAUAGAGACGGCGCUGUCCGGCCAUCAUGUGGUCGUCUUCGAAUCCGCUGAGGGGAUCCAUGAGAUAGGGGCUGGGAUAAACGUCAGCCCAAAUGCUUCACGAAUACUACAACGGUGGGGUCUCCCAGCCGAAAUGUGGACCUCAGCUACUGAACCCACCUCGCUCUCUGUUCGGCGAUACUCGGGCGAGAUAUUAGUCCUGGAGAGAGAGUUCGAUACGAAGAUGCGGGCGAGGUACGAUGCCCCUUUCAUCGAGUUGCAUCGUGUCGAUUUUCAGACCGCGUUGUACACACGUGCCAAGGAACUGGGCGUGGAGUUUAGAUUCGGAAUGAGAAUAAGUAAACUGAAUUAUGAAACUGGAGAAAUUACAAGCCACACUGGAUUAAGCGCAAAGGGGGAUGUCGUUAUCGCAGCGGAUGGCUUGUGGUCUGUUUGCCGCGCCCAGUUUCUCCCUAAGGACUUCGAAGGGGUUCCGAGACCAACGGGUGAUCUGGCGUACCGAUUGGUGUUAACUUUGGAUCAAAUUCAAGAUCCCGAAUUAAGAGAGUGGGUCAGUAAGCCGUCACUUGAUGUAUGGAUCGGUCCUCACUCGCAUGCUGUUGGAUAUUCACUCCGGGGAGGAACCGAGUUUAACAUCGUGUUAUUGGUCCCCGACGACCUGCCCAACGGUAUUAGCAAACAGGCCGGUUCUGUUGAAGAGAUGAGAGCUCUUUUUACGGGUUGGGAUCCGAUUUUAACCAAGUUCAUUGCCGUCGCUGAUUCUGUCAAGAAGUGGAAACUUAUGCAUAGGAAGGAAAUGAGAAGAUGGGUCUAUGCAUCUUCAAAUAGCAACUUUGCGUUCCUCGGUGAUUCCUGCCACCCCAUGCUACCAUAUCUUGGUCAGGGGGCGAAUUCAGCUAUCGAGGAUGGCGCUGUUCUUGGUCGCUUGCUAGGACACAUCCAGAAUAAAGAGCAGAUCGGUAAGGCUUUGGAAAUGUACGAGCAGCUUCGGAAGCCUCGAGGAGAUGCUAUCGUGAAAGAAACGUUCGCACAGCGCGACGUCUUUCAAGUCGUCGAUGGCCCUAAGCAACGAGAACGAGACGAAUUGCUUCUAUCGCAGCUAAAUGAAGAAGAAAAACACGCACCCUUCCCGAUCCGAUUGGUUUGCCCUCAGGUCCAACCCUGGCUAUUUGGCUAUGACGCUUGCGCGGAAGUCGACAAGGCUGUCAGUAAGGAUCCGUUCGUGGUUGCGAAGAAUGAAAAGACGGAGCCAAGUCUUGACAAGCGUGGCAUAGCCGCCGGAAGUUAAUUGUCGUGUUUCCAAAGCUUGGUAGUUGAAUCUAUUUUGAGAGAGGUCAAUAUUCAGAGCGGGGAACCGGUAUGAUCUGAGGAGGUUUACUCUCUGUAAGGUUAUCUACCUAGGUAGGAUUAGUUUAGACGUAUACGACAAUACAUGAUUGGAACAUAUUGUUCAAUUUGCCAG